AAGUACAAAAUCCAAGCAGUCAUUCUGCAGAGUUCAAUCACAGACCCUGGAUAGUGAAAUUGAUUGGUCCAACAAAACACCUGCGCUUUUCACUGAGAAAAAUCACAAUUUUAUGCGUUCUGGAAUUGGAUCCUAUAAACUAUAUGACGAAAUGUCGCAAAUAGGCCCAUCAACACCACCCUCCAAACUGAGUGAAGGUUGGCCAAUUACAAGUUUAAGACUACUUAUUAUUUUACUCGUACCGUGCGUGGUUCUUCUGCUGCUGUUUAACUGUUUGUUCCUGGGUUACAAGUUGCACAUUUUUUCAAAGAAGAACAGGAAAAGACAAGACAGCGAAAGUAUUUUACAGUCUACUCUUUCGACGCGCCCGAGAAUGACCAAAAUAUCAGAGGCGCCAUUUUUCCCAAAUCGAGAUGGGACUAGAGGUUAUAUCUCUGUUUCAGAGCCUAUUUUGGCGCAGCCCUUGAGCUCUUCGCGUACCUCUUCAAAUGACAGGGCAGCAGUGGAGCAGAGUAUCCGAUUCGUCCGUCUGGGUGGGGCCACAGGCAAUGGUGGCUCUGAGUCCCUGAGGGCUCCGAGCGCCAUUUUGGCGACAACAGCCGAUACCAACUCCAGGGUCGACCAGCCCCGUAGGUCAAGCGUGUACAGUAGGAAUAAAAUGAGCUGGCGCAGGAGCGCCCCUAUCCUACCGCAGUCAAGUGAUUCAGAGGAAGAACUGCCUAACCUUGUGCCACCCAAUUCACCUGCGCUAAAUGAUACACACUCAAGGGUAACACCUGACCAGAGGCCCAUGCGUCGGUGCAGCACCAUGGAGCUGCAAUAUGUAUUGAACAACACAGGGGAACACAAGUUUGAUAUGGUUGAAUUCGAAUGUGAAUAUGCCAGUAGCAUACCUCCAGAAACUUCAUGCUUUGUUGCAUCUGACAACUCUUCCACAAUGGGUCCUGGAUUGGACAGCGACUUCGGAGCAAGCGCAGGUGUCUUGCUCCGAAUUCUGUCUGCAGACAGCGACGGUCUCACCAACAGAAUGUGGGCAUCAGGAAUGGAUUGGGACUAUUACGACCCGUGCUACGUGAGGGAGAGACACAUACCCAAACAAAAAGAUCACAAACCUGCAUUACAUACCAAGCAUUAUUGGGUAUGA